GGGUGCAUCAAUUUGCAAUAGGGGUCUCCCUUUUAUUUGACAAAGAAAAAAAAUCAGUGCACCCUUUCGUUUUCUUGUUGUAGCUUAUCUGCUCUACUAGACUAAAUUUUUUGUAAAAAAAAAGCUUUAAUUAACAGCCAACAAUGGCGGCAACCAUCACCAACUUUCAUCCCUUGUCUCUCUUCUCUGAAACUGAUCUUUGUUUCAAUCCCACUAAACUCAAUUUCACAAGAAGCUCAUUCAUUACUUCCCCACAUUCAUUUCCUGCAAUUAUCAGCCAUGCUCACCAUCAGAAUACUCCUCCUUUUUCUUCUUCUUCUAAACCAAAAUUUAAAAAGACAGGUGUUCUUGAUUCUCCAAUGAAAACCCAGAAGCUGAAUUUGCAGGUUUCACCCCAUAGAGCUGUGGCUGCUGUGAGGUUGAUGCGGAUUGAGUUUGGUGGUGCUUUCGCUGAUCUUCUAAAUGAGAGAGGCAAGGGUUCAGGGAACAAUGAAAUGGAAUAUGUUGAAAGGACUCUUGGAUUUCGCACCAGAGACCUGGAAGAAAGAGAUCUCAGAUUGGUUACUGACAUUGUUGGUGGUGCAAUUCGCUGGAGAAAAUAUCUGGACUAUCUGAUUCUUUCGUUGUGUCAUGACGAAGGCUCUUUUAGGAGCAUGGAACCUCUGCUGCUACAGAUCCUAAGGAUUGGAUUUUAUGAGAUUCUUAAACGGGAAAUGCCUCCAUAUGCUGUUGUUGACGAGAAUGUGAAUCUUGCCAAGUUUGCUCUUAGACCAGGCGCAGGAAACAUGGUGAAUGGGAUCCUCCGAAAACUAGUUUCUCUUAAGGAUAAGGAUUCCCUUCCUGUACCUAAGUUGGAUGGUAAUGACCGCGCACAAGCACGUGCCCUUGCUACUACUCAUUCCCAUCCAGUGUGGAUGGUAAGACGGUGGACCAAGUACCUUGGACAAGAAGCAGCAAUCAAAUUGAUGACAUGGAAUAACACUGAUCCAAGUUUCAGCUUGCGGGCCAAUAUUGCGAAAGGAUUAACUCGAGAAGACCUUGUUAUGAAGCUUAAUUUGCUGAAGGUACCACAUGAACCUUCCUUGCACUUGGAUGAUUUUGUGCGCGUCAGAAGAGGCAUGCAGACUGUGAUACAAAAUGGGUUCCUAAAAGAAGGUUUAUGCUCAGUUCAGGAUGAGAGUGCAGGUCUAGCUGUUUCUGUUCUGGACCCACAGCCGGAUGAUUGCAUCAUUGAUUGUUGUGCUGCUCCUGGGGGAAAGACACUCUUCAUGGCAUCUCGCUUGAAUGGCCGAGGUAUGAUAUCAGCAAUUGACAUAAAUAAAGGGCGUCUAAGAAUUCUUGAAGAAACAGCCAAGCUGCAAUCAGUUGAUGGUGUGAUAAAUUGCAUCCAUGCUGAUCUUCGCUCCUUUGCAGACAGCAACAAAUUAAAAUUCAAUAAAGUUUUGCUAGAUGCUCCAUGUUCUGGCCUCGGUGUACUUUCCAAAAGACCGGAUUUGCGCUGGAAUAGAAAGCUGGAGGAUAUGGAAGAGCUAAAGUCAUUGCAGGACGAGCUGUUGGAUGCUGCCUGCAAGCUGGUCAAACCAGGCGGUGUGCUUGUGUACAGUACCUGCUCCAUAGAUCCUGAAGAAAAUGAAGACAGGGUUUUUGCAUUUCUUAUCAGACAUCCGGAAUUCCAAAUAGACCCUGUUCACAGUUAUGUUCCACCUGAUUUUUCAACUGAACAAGGAUUCUUUUGCUCAUGUCCAGUAAAGCAUUCGAUGGAUGGAGCUUUUGCUGCACGUCUAAUUCAAUCACAGUAAACAUGUGAGAAGCCAUCUGUUGUGGCAGCUCCAGAGACUGACAAGAAACAAAAGAACUAAGAAAACCAGCUGAUGAGGUAGUCUUGAAGGCAUGCCACUUUCAACUUUCAAAAACCUUAAAUGAUAAUGUCAAAAUACUUGUCCUACUGAACGAGUUAAACAAGCAGCACAUCCUGAUAUAAGGACUGAAGAUUUAGCAGGCUGCUGAUGCUGUUUUGAAGGCCAGGCCAAAGAGACAGGAAUAUUGAACAUCUAAAGCAACUUAUUGGGUGUCUCGUGUCAACGAUCUAAGACCUUGCUGAACAACCACCAAUGGGGAAAAUAGGUGCUAAUUUGGCAGCAUGGAAUUGCAGACGAUUGGAGGAGAGAGACAAAUAGAGGGGAGGGGGUAGGGGGCGUACUGUUAGUCAGAUCGGGCUCCCAUUUAGCUGCACCACUCUUCUGGUUGAUUAUGGUUUUGAUAACACCUAAUAUGUCAAAGUCAUAGUGUAUUUAACACGAAUGGUUGAUUAUGCAUUAGAAACACUCAACAUUCAAUCAUGUGGCAUAAUUAUUCAUCCCAAUUUAUGAAGCUUUCUGCUGUUAUGUUGGAAUUUCUGAAUUCUGACAAA